AUGCGAUUCAACCUCGGUACAUCCUCAAGCGGUCAUCGCCCGCUUCCUCAGUAUAAAACUUGCCUGAAUGACUUGCCCUCUACUCGUCGCUCCAAGGCGGGCAGGUUGGCCAAAUGCAUCGUCGGCGGAACCGCAUUGCUGGCAGCUGCAGGGCUCGCAGCUCAUUACCUGGUUCCCUCAUUAGACUCCCUCGGAUAUAAGACGGGCCAAGGUCCGCCGCCGGACAAAGUCCUCACAACGCAUCAACUGCAGGCACUGCAACCCGGCAAUCGCUCCAUCUCAGUUGGUGGCGAUCGCCGUCUUCGCAUCUUUAUGCCCACCGACUCGCCUCACAUCAAUCUGUGCAAGUCUGUCAUGUCAGCCGUGGCCCUGGGCUACCCAGCACCAAUUUUACUGAACUGGGGAGGUGAAUUCAACCGCCCUGAAUGGCACUUGGCCGGCAGCCACAUUGCCAAACUUGAGAGUCUUCUAUCGGUUAUUGAGAACAUGCUCUCUCUGGCCGAGGGCGAAGACGGCGAUGUUCACCAAGACGACUUGGCCGUUCUUGUCGACGCUCACGACAUUUGGUUCCAGCUGCCCCCCUCGGUGCUCAUCCAGCGUUACCACCAACUCAACCGCGAAGCCGACGAGAGGGUGCGGCAGCAGUGGGACGACGCCCAAGGCUUCGCAGCAGAUUUCCCCAUCCAGCCGCCCAAGCAGUCCAUCCUUGUCACGGCAGCCAAGGACUGCCACCCGAAAAGCGACUCCGGCUCCGAUCCGCACUACGCACACUGGCCUGAGUCGCCCAUGCCCUCUGACAUGUACGGCCACGGCACCGACAAGGUUCUCACCAUGCCCCUGGACCCGGCCCGAAAAUUCAAGAAGAUCCGGCCGCGGUGCGUAAACAGCGGCAUGAUCAUGGGCACAAUGGGCUCCCUCCGCAACGCUCUCACCCGUGCCAAGGCCAAGGUCGAAACCGUCGCCCACCGGGGAAGACAACUCUGGAGCGACCAAGCCCUCUUCGGCGAAGUGAUUGGCGACCAGGAAAUGUGGCGAGAAUGGGUGCGCGAGCUGGGCAGCACCUGGAACGGAACCGCGUCGGAAAACUACCUCUCCCGCCUGCCGGCCGAUGUGCGCGGCAUUGCCAAGGCCGCACUGAAGGGUGAACGAUUCGAGUACGGCAUCGGCCUAGACUACAGCUUCGGCACGAUCCCGCCUACAUGCUCUGCCGAGGAGGACGGCUACUUUGUCAAGAUGGACGACAGGCAGGCACUGAAGCGGGAAUCAGCCAGGGCCGGCGUUCCCAACGGCGAGGUUCGCGUCAACGGUGUGCCCGCCGAGCUGGACCAGGCCGGCGUCGGUUCGGCGCACUUGUCCGGCAUUAAAUGGGGCGAUGCGUCGCUCUACACCGACUUCUUCUUUGGCGUCACCCCCGUGGGCAUCCACCACAACGCCUACGUGGACAACCUCAAGUCGAUCCGGCUGAAGGAGUGGUGGCGCAAGAUGUGGUUCUACCCGCACCUGCGCAAUCUGGUUGCGCGGGCGCUCCUCCCGAUGGACGCUGGAGACACCAUUCGCCCGCUGGCGAGAAUUCCAGCACAAGAAGGUGGCCAAGUAACAAGGUACUGGACGCCCAAGUCUGACCUGCGCAAUAGAAUGGUCAAGGUCUUUGAACCUGCGUCUCUUGACGCCAAAUCUGGCGGCUCUUUCGCCUCCAUCGAAUGGGAGGGCGUGUGUCAGCGGAGUGGGCAGAAGCCCUGGCAUGAAGAGCUCUUUGGCGACAAGAAAGAAAGAACAAGUCCCCGUCGUGGCGCCCGGGACGAGCCUCCCGCCGCCCGUGGACCCGGCCCUCAUCGCCACGCUCCUCACCUUCCUCUCCCUCCCGCCGGCCACGUCCAUCGCGCCGCUCGAGGCCAACGCCGCCUUCCACCGCAUCUACCUGAUACACUACGCCUCCCCGCCGCCCCCGGAGCUGCGGGACCUGCGGCGCUCCCCCGGCGGCGGCACGAGCCUGGUGCUGCGCGUGUCGGGCCCCCAGGCGCCGCCGUACUGGAGCGCAUGCCGGGCCGCAGCGUCGACGGCCUCUACGCGCGCCUCCCCGAGCCCGCGAGGCGGAGGCUCGUCAACCGCCUCGUCGACGUGCUGGUCGAGCUGCACGCCCACGCGUUCCCGCACGUCGGCGGGCUGCAGCUCGUCGGGGGCGAGGGGGGCGAGGUGGUGCCCGGCCCGCUGCUCGAGGAUACCUGCUGGUUCUUGCCGGACGCCGAGGCCGAGUUUGGCACCGACGUGCCGGUGGGGGCGCCUGGCGCGGUGGGGCCGUACGCGUCGCACGCCGAGUUUGUAAAGGGCUUCGUGGGCGCGUUUGUGCAUGCGAUUUGCGUGCGGGAGCGGCUGGGCUGGGUGCGCGACCUGGUGCCCCGGCUGGCGGCGCUGGCGGGGGCGCUGCCGCGCCUGAGGCUCGACACCAGGAUGGUGCUGGCGCACAAGGACUUGCACUUUGGCAACGUCAUGGUCGACGAGGACGGGGAGCUGACGGCCGUCCUGGACUGGGAGUUUGCCGGCGUGGUGCCGGUCGUGCGGUGGGAUCCCGUGCGCGCCUUUCUCUGGAACGGCGUCUACUCGCAGGAGGGGCACGACGAAAAGUACCGCAUGAGGGCCGUGUUUGAGCGCGAGCUCGAGCGCCGCGGCGUCGACAAGUGGUGGGAGGCGACCAACGCCGACAUUGACGCCGUCUGGGACGUCGUGAGGUACGUGAGGGCCAUUGUCGAGCUGUGUCCCAGGGGCGACAACAUGGACCUGUGUCGGGUUUGGAGGGCCAAGGCCGAGGAGGCGCUGGCCAAGCUGGGCGUUUGA